GCUGCGGUGCGCGUGUGUGUGUGUGUGUGAGAGAGAGAGAGAGAGUGUGUGUGUAUUACGUCGCCGCGCGCACAGACCGUGAGGCCGUUGUUGUUCACUCGAACAGCGCGUGGAAUUACAGAUUUUUUAAUAAAACGGAAAUCACAGCCGUACCUGACCAGACGUUAACGCAAAUGUAGAGUAUUUUUUCUUGUCUUUUGAUGUUUAUCUCAGCCAUGGCUGCGUUAAUGAUUAGAUUACAUUCAGCAAUGACUCCGCGAAAGUUUUGACCUUUAUAACAGCAGUUAUUGUUGGCUCUCCCAACGGAUCCUUCAAGACUCGAUCAAGGGAUCAAGACUCGAUUACGAAAUCUCAUGUAAACUCUAUAAAUGAAGAUUAAAAACAUCGGCACGCGCUUCUUCUCUCUGUCAAGCAUCGCACAUGGGGUGACACUGAGGAGCUUCCUGGGCCACUGAGACGUGACUUCGGGCUGGGCGUCUCAUUUCCUGUGCCCCUUCUGGCCCAGACAAGCUCAGACAAGCUGCCCUCUGAAUGACUACUGGCCGUCUGGUUGCAGGGCUUUGCCAAGCUGCCACCAUGAGCAAAUACUCCCAGUACUUCAACAAGUCCCUCGUAGGGGUCCACUAUCGCAUUGUCAAGAACAUGAGCCAGAAGGAAAUAAAAGACCGCAUGGAGAGUAAACAAAGCCUGAGCACCCUGAACAUUCUAUUUGUCAUAAUCUGCAGUAUCAUCAUUUUGGAAAACCUCUUGGUGCUCACUGCUGUGUUUCGCAAUAAGAAGUUCCACUCUGCCAUGUUCUUCUUCAUCGGGAACCUGGCCUUCUCGGACCUACUGGCUGGCUCCGCUUAUAUUGCCAACAUCUUCCUGUCAGGCCCUAAGACAUUUCAUUUGGUGCCUGUCCAGUGGUUCAUACGAGAAGGGACUACUUUCAUCGCACUGGCUGCCUCAGUUUUUAGCCUGCUGGCUAUCGCCAUAGAGCGCUACAUUGCUAUCACCAAGGUCAAAGUUUAUGGCUCCAACAAAACUUGCCGCAUGUUCCUUUUGAUCGGAGCAUGCUGGGUGAUGUCCAUCCUUCUGGGAGGUCUUCCCAUUAUUGGUUGGAACUGUAUUAAUAACCUGGGGGAUUGUUCCGCUGUCCUGCCUCUCAACUCCCGAUACUACAUCCUGUUUGUCGUCACCAUCUUCACCAUCAUCUUGCUGUCCAUUGUGAUCCUUUACGUUCGCAUCUACCUUAUUGUGCGUACCAGCCAACAAGAGGCCACCAAUUCUCCAGCUUAUGCUCUCCUGAAGACUGUCACGAUUGUGCUUGGCGUUUUCAUUAUUUGUUGGUUGCCUGCUUUCACCAUCCUUCUCUUGGACACUUCCUGUUCGAUGAAAGAAUGUCCUAUCCUCAACAACGCUGCCAUCUUCUUCAGCAUCACCACACUGAAUUCGGCGCUGAACCCACUGAUCUACACGUUGCGGAGCAAGGACAUGAGGAGGGAGUUCCUCAGGGUGCUUUGCUGCUGGGGACUGUUCAAUUGUGGCAGGCCUUCUCACCGCUGCAUGGUGCCACUCAGGAGCUCGAUUUCAAUGGAGCACUGCACCAACAAACACGAACACCAGUCAAUUCCCAUCAUGCAGGACUGCACUACAUGUGUCUGAUUACGUCUCCUCAGUGCCCAGGUGUUUGAAGACAAGGGGAGACCCCAUCUUGGAGGCAAGGCACAGAAGACAGAAGUGUUCAGAGACCUCACGGAUAAAACGAGAAUCAAAAUCAAUGCCUUUGGACUCAUGGACAUUUAGAGCAGAUAUCACAGCUGUGCUACUGGACUCCCACAUGUCCUUUGUUGCUUCUGUCCUUGCAAAAGUUCCUGAACAUGACAGAAUGAGACUUCCCCACGUAUUUGACAUUUUAAGGCAAAUGAAAGAAAGCCAAAUUCAAAUGGGAAUAUCCAUUUAAGCAUGAAAAAUCAAAGUUGCACUUUGUAGACUUCUAGGCAGCUUGGGAUUGUAUAUUUCUCAUAUGCUGACCAACCUACCGCAUACAAGAAGUAUCCUAUCCACAAGUAGACUACCACUGUUUUGGUUCAGAGAUGUGAGAGGACCGAUUGAAAUGUACAGAUCGACAAUGCACUCUGUGUGAACCAAACAAUGCAUGCUUGCAGAACCUCUCCUAAUGUAUUCAUCAAAUUAUUUGAUAUGCAUAACAUCCUUUGAUUACCAAGAAUAAAAGGAUUCCACUUCACUGUAUUGCAUGAAAGUCUAACCUGUGUAAAAACAAAUAUGUAUGGCCAACCUAUGUACAAUUGUCAAUGUUACUCCUCUUUGUAUUUUAUUUUUCUUUAACAUUGCUAUUUUUUUCCUAAGAGGAAAGCACGAUCAGAAUGUGAUCACUGAAUUCCUGAUACGAGUUUCUCUCAGCAGCUGAAAUGAAAGCUGGUUGUAGCUUCGCUGCGGCAGCGUGUGCUUCGUUUUUGUGCCCUCUUGAUGAAUGGAACUGAAUAUAAGAAUGAAGUGUAACGAGCGAACAUUUUCGCUGAUCGACAGUAUUACCGAACAUCAUUGUUCUCCUGUUGAUUAUUGAGCUUGCAGCAACAAGAACGGGCACUCACUGUGAAGUCUUAAUGACAUUUAAAGUUCAUUGAAAUUGAUACGCCAUUGAUAAGGCAGGAAACUUUGAGAUUAGGACAAAUUUGGGCAUGCCUUUCUCUCUUUUUUGAAGGCAUAUUCAUUCUGAGAUAUGGGGGUUGUUAGGUGUUAUGCUGUCUUUUAAUAGGCCAAAAGUCUUUAGAAGAAACAUUAAACUUCCUGCAACCACUGAAGUCCAGUGUUUUCAUGCUUCCUCCUGUUGUUAGGGACUGACCUUGAUGUUCCCAUACGUUAAUAUCAUCAGUCCAACACUUUCACUCACACAAUCACAGCCUUGACUGUUUGAUCCCAACAUGUUUUAGUUUCCUUUGCUGGUCAGUUUAGUUCAGCAGAGAAAGCACUUUGGCAGCUCUUCCAAUACCGACCUAAUGUAUUUUGGUUUUUCUUUUUUUCAUGCAUUAAGAGUUUAAGCCUGUGUGUGGAUCCCUUUCACUCCGUUCAGUGUAAAACAUUGCCUACCCUGUGGAACAAUGUUUGUUUUAUAUGAUAAAUGUAUGAAAGUGCAUAUGUAUCUUUGUACAGUAUGUAUGUAAUGUGUAUACAUAUAGAAUGUCUUGUGUGCAAUAGCCUUGUGUUUUAGUAGCAAGCUACCUGUGCUAAUUCGGUACAAUCCCAAACACUAAUGUAGGUACAUGCACAUUAGUUCAUUCCUUUUUUUAAAUAAAAAUAAAUUGAAUUAAAAAAAAAAAA